AUGAGACAGAAGUAUGAGGGCUCUACAAAGGUGAAGAGAGCUCAACUGCAGGCUUUGAGAAGAGAAUAUGAACUUCUCACAAUGAAGGAUGGUGAAAAGGUCGACACUUACCUUGCCCGAACCCUGACGAUUGUGAACAAGAUGGAGGCAAAUGGUGACCCUUUGACCUUAGGUACGGUUGUUGCCAAAAUACUACGAUUUUUGAGCCCAAAGUUCAAUUACGUUGUUUGUUCGAUUAAAGAAUCAAACAAUCUCGACACUAUGACGAUAGAUGAAUUACAUGGUAGCCUAUUGGUUCAUGAGCAGCGCAUGAUCGGGCAACAAGAAGAUGAGCAAGCUUUGAAGAUAACAACUAGUUCACCCUCUCGAGGUUGGGGAAGGGGACGUGGUGGUUCAAGCAGAGAUAGAGGACGUGGCAGAUCUUCCUUCAACAAGAGUACUAUUGAAUGUUACAAAUGUCACAAACUUUGA